AGAUGCAUAUCCUGUUCAUGUUCAUCGAAACUGAAGAUUAAACAAAUACAAGUGUUCAAAGGAUUUAAGAUUUUGUAUUGGGUUCUUGACCAAACAAACCCAUCCAUUAAAGAUCUUAUACAGCUCUCUCGUUUCAAGAACUCGAUUAAAAAAAUGGGAAGAAACCCAAAUGAGAGUUGGCAAUUUCAGUUGCUAGCUCAAACACAGGAAUGAUUAUAAGCUUAAAAUAUUGAGAAUGGCAGAGGGAAGUGUUCAAGUUGAUGAUAAAGAAUUGUGAAUCAAGAAAAGGUUUAUUAGAGAGAGAAGGGUUUGCUUUUUGGCCCUUUAAUUAUUUUUUGUUGCAGUAGAAGUGGCGAUGGUUAAUCAUCGAGGGCGCUCUUUUUCAUGUAAGCGUGGUGUUUUCGCAGAGGUGAGUGCCAGCAGAGGGAGAAUGGAGGUGGGAUUCUUAACUUCAAGCUCUUAUUUCUACUAAAAAUUUGGGGAAAGUUGAAUAGAAUCUGAAAUGGAUUCUUGUUUAUUGAUGGAAAGAAGUUGAGAGAUUGUGUGGUUUUUUUUGUUGUUGUUUUGCUGAUAGUAUGAAUGGGAAGGAUGAAUUUGAAGAUGAGUGUAGGACUAGUGAUCCUAUGAGUAUCUCCUCUAGUUGGCAAUUUGCUAAUGAGUCGAUCGGAUUUGUUUCGACCGGGAAUCCCUCGGUCGUUAGCAAUGGAGAUCUAGGUGUUUCUUCUUGUCCUUCAACUUCAAUGUCGAACUUGUUUACUCCAACCGUGUUGAAUGAUCAUACGAACUCGCAAAGCUCGAGGUUCUGCAGCAGUUUUAAUGAACAAAACAGUAUAGAUGAUUCUAAUGUGACUGUUGUUGAUGGGGAAGGUCUGAGUUCUUUGAGAUCUAGUAGUGAUAGAAUUCUGGGUAUGGAUUGGAACCAACAAAGUUCAUGGAUGAAAGGAGUUUUCUCAGGGAAUGUUCCUGGAAUGUUUCCAGCUAAUUUGUCUCAGCUACCAGCUGAUUCGGCGUUCAUAGAGCGUGCAGCACGGUUUUCUUGCUUCAAUGGUGGCGUUUUCGGGGCUCCACCUGCUGGUUCAUUUGGUAUUUCAGGCUCUAAUGGCAUUCAUUCUAGGGGUGCCUUUGGAAGUCAGGAACUAAACAAGGUUGUGUUGGAGGGUAAAGAAAAGAGUCCACCAAAGACCGAGAAAGAAAGCGAGAUGUCUCGAGACAGGGCUAAACAAGGUUGUGUUGGUGAGUCUGGUAAUGAAUCUGAUGAAACUGGGUUUAGUGGCGGUCAAGACGAGCAAUGCACGUUGGGAGGUACCAUUGCUGAACCAUCUCGGGAAGGAUUGUGCUUCAAGAAACGGAAAAGGGGCGAUCGGAAUAUGGAACUUGCUCAAGUUAAAGAAGCUUCGAAACAAAUUAACGAAACUGCGAAGAACGGGGCAUUAACUUGGCAGAACGGAGACAAAGACCAAAAUCCAAGUUUUACUACUAACAAGGCUGCUGGGAAGCAAGGAAAACAAGAUUCUCAACCGUCGGAUGCGCCCAAAGAAGAAUAUAUUCACGUUAGAGCUCGAAGAGGCCAGGCGACGAACAGCCAUAGUCUUGCCGAAAGGGUAAGAAGAGAAAAGAUAAGUGAAAGAAUGAGGCUCCUUCAAGACCUCGUGCCCGGGUGCAGUAAGGUCACUGGCAAAGCUGUAAUGCUCGAUGAGAUCAUUAACUAUGUUCAAUCGCUGCAACGACAAGUCGAGUUUUUGUCAAUGAAACUUGCAACAGUUAAUCCCAAGCUGGAUUUUAACAUCGAAGAGCUCCUAACAAAAGAAAUCAUGCAAUCAAAGGCUGGUCCAUCCUUAUUUGGUUUCCCUCCUGAUCUGCCUAUGCCUUACCUCCCGCAACAUCCGACUCACCAUGGAGUUAUUCCGCCUUGUAUCCCGAACAUGGGAAGCUCACCCGACCUGCUACGAAGAACGAUUAAUUCCCAGUUGACAUCACUUGUUGGUGGAUUCAAGGAGCCUGUUCAGCUACUGAAUGUAUGGGAGAACGAGCUCCACAAUGUCGUUCCAAGGAACUUCGACGUUGCUGCCCCUCCCAGUGGCCAAGAUGUCGAUGGCUCUACUCCACCAUGCAACAACACCAGAGCAGAACCCUAAGUUCGAAUUCGAGCUCUUAGUCUUUACAUGAUUCAAAGUUGUAUAGGGUAAAACUAGCAUGUGCAUCCAUAGAGAAUAAUGCAAAUUUCAUUUCUGCCAAGUCUGAUGGCGGGUUUCACCGAUAAGCUCGUAAACGUGGAAGAGAAGUUAGAACGGGGACUGAAGCGAGAUCGGUAGGGAUGGGAAUCCAAACAGUUUAACACAUUUGCAUGUAUUUCAAUGCAAGAAGUUGAGAAUCAUACAAGGCAAGGCAGAGAUUUGCUGCACAAAAACAGAGAACGUUGUAAUGGUUCAGAAAAGAGGCUGCUGUCUCCACCAAGAUUGAGAAAGUGUUUAAGUUUUUGUAUUUUCCCCAUUAAAAUUUAAGAUCUUGCAGUUCGUGUGUGUGAACUCCAAUCUGUUUACAUAUGUAUGUUAGUUUCUUCUUUCAUCAACGCAUCAUUUGAUAGCAUUAGACGUGUUAAGGCUAAGACAUUUGAAACUGUGAGAGAUUUCAUUUGCAUUA